AUGAAAAUGGACACAGAAACAAAGUGGUGUCUUCCAACUCCAAGUAAUGUUGCAGUUGAAGAUAUUACUUGCAUGGAUAAUAACCAAACAAUGGCGAUGAUUGAGAAAGAUAUGCAUGAGAUGAUGAAGAGAGGGAAAAACAUAGGGAAAGCACUCAACACUGUGAUGGUGAAGCACCACGAAACACUCUCAUGUCGUCCGCGUGAUGCUGAUAUGUAUUUUGUGUCACCGUUGGAGUAUCAGUUCAGCUGUAGCAGCAGUCCACCGCGUCUCUCUCGCGGUACCAGCAGCAGGAGGAAGCUUUUAUCUCCGGCAAAGGAGGUGUGUCGCAGGACUGGUAAUGAAAGGAGGCGCGUGAAUACGACGACGGUGUCGAGGGAGAUAGAAAAGGAGGGAGAGUUUCAUGUUGACCAAGCCGCGGAGGAGUUUAUCGACAGGUUUUACAGAGAGCUGAGGUUGCAGAAAUGGUUGGAUCAUCAUCACCAUCAUCAUCAUCGUGAGUAUUAA